AUGGAUGGGGGAGCAUUCUCCCUUCGGUUUUUUGCUGGAGAUUUCUCGUUUGAUGAUCCAAAGAUGCAAGCUACGUUGCGAUAUUUACGACGGUGUAAAACAUUCGAGUGUAUUUUACGGGAACUAUCGAUGGAAAACGGAACACUACGUAAUUGCUCCUAUCGUUACUCAAAUGAUGACAGUAUCACAUCGUUUUCGCUAUGGAUCGAUGGUCCAUGCACCUGCAUUGCAGCCAUCCUAGCGCUGAUCGGAUUUCAUUUUGCUGUACGAUUUUUGUUCCGAGCCGGCUUGAACAAGGAGCUUACAGCUGCCUUAUUUUCGCUUUGCGUCAUCGAUUCAUUGCUGAUGAUGACCGUCUUCCUUUUCUACAGCAUCGAAGCCAUCGGUGUUCUUUUUCUGAACACCAAUCUUAUGUAUAAUCAUCAGCAAUUCACAUCAAGCCUUCAUGGAGUCGCUCAAAGUUUAACUACUUCCUCGACAAUGCUCGUCAUCUACAUCACUUUCUUACGAUUUAUGGUGGUGAUGCGUCCGUUGCGAUAUGCUUCAUCGCUCUACACUCGGACUUCGAAAACGAGUACGAAACAGCGUAAAGCGUCAAGCGACAUGGAAUCAUACGUUGGAUCCCAGAAACAGCGAAUGUCAGCUCAAAAACCUUUGAAAGAACAAGUCCAGCUGAAGAAGUACUUGAAGUCGUGCCUUUUACCAGGACUCGUGGUUCUUCUCUGUUUUGCUGUAAAUAUUCCAACAUAUUUCGAAUUUACUGUCGAAAAAUGUUUCGAUGCCGAACAUGGCGUUGAAGCGUCCUGUACAGCGCCUACCGUAUUCCGAAACCAGUUCGGUCGCUAUCGAGCGAUUCUGAUGACAUUAACGCAAACGAUUGGACCUGUAGCCACAAUACUCAUACUCAGUGUGCUGACUGAAUAUCGUGUACAUAGAAGUUUGCAGAAACGAAGAAAGCUCUUCGAAAGUCAACGACGUAGUCGAAACAUAGUGCUCACAGAAGAAUCAAAAGAGAAAGUCUCACGUACUGUAGCGAUAUUUAUUGCUGUAAAAUUCCUCAUAUUUAGGUCAAUGCCAGUAUUUUUUGAUGUAUAUGAAAACCUAUAUGGAAUCGAGUCUUUCGGUGAAACGCUUUCAAUACUUGUUAGGAUCUCUGAUUUUAUGAUUGUGCUCAACUCUGCUACGAACUCCUUAGCCUACUUUGGCAAAAAGAGAUGGCUUGAGAAGCGGCUUCGUUUACGGCUACUCAAACGCGAUGAAAAACGGCAAGAGAAGGCUCGUCGUGCUAGUCAGGCUGGACCCAACUUAUCUGUCUACGAUGAGCCGGCAUCGCAGAAAAAGCUACUCACACCACAAAUCUCGCUAAAUUCACAAUCGCAAACUUCGCAAACGUCACCACCUACGGCGCCACCUCCGACAGGCCUACGCACCCAUUUCAAAGUGAUCUACCAACGUGACAAUGACUACAGUCCUCUGAUGACCAAGGAUUAAUCACCAUUAGGAAUGGGGUAUUCCUUUGCUCAGAGUGCCCAGAUCAGCUCC